GCCGCCGCCUCGGCCGCCGCCGCCCUCCCGCUCGGCCUGAGGGAGCCGCCGACGCCGCCAGGAUGGACCGCAUGAGCGAGGAUACCCUACGCCUCAACCGCUUGAAGCGGACCCUGGACCAAGCCGAAGAGCGGGACGAUGUCUUGGCCAAGAGGUUGAAGAUGGAGGGCCACGAGGCCAUGGAGCGCCUCAAGAUGUUGGCGUUGCUCAAGAGGAAAGACCUGGCGGGCAUCGAGGUGCCCCACGAGCUGCCCGUCAAGCAGGAUGGACUGAAAGUCUACGAGGAAAAGCUGAAUGGGAACCUGAGACCCCACACUGAUGGGCGGCCCUCCGGGAGAUCCGGCAAGGAGAACAUCAACGACGAACCAGUGGACAUGAGCGCGAGAAGAAGCAGCGAUCAAGACAGGGGCCGUCUCACCCCUUCUCCGGACGUCAUCGUCCUCUCCGACAACGAAGCCUCCAGCCCUCGCUCCAAUUCCCGCAUAGAAGAGCGGCUGAAAGCAGCCAACCUGGAAAUGUUCAAGGGGAAAGGGGUCGAGGAGAGGCAGCAGCUCAUCAAACAGCUCCGGGACGAGUUGCGGUUAGAGGAAGCCCGGCUGGUGCUGUUGAAGAAACUACGGCAAAGCCAACUGCAGAAGGAGAAUGUAAUACAGAAGACUCCGGUUGUCCAGAACGCAGCCUCUAUAGUCCAGCCAUCUCCUGCCCACGUCGGACAGCAGGCUCUGUCCAAACUCCCCUCCCGACCUGGAGUUCAAGGGGUUGAGCCCCAAAACCUCAGAACAUUACAGGGUCACAGUGUCAUCCGAUCGGCCACCAAUACCGCCCUUCCCCACAUGCUUAUAUCCCAGCGGGUUAUUGCCCCCAACCCCACACAGCUUCAAGGGCAGCGCAUCCCUCCCAAACCAGGCCUGAUCCGCAGCAACACGCCGAACAUGAGCCCUGCUAUCAAUUACCAGCCGCCGUCCUCCUCGGCAGUGCCCUGCCAGCGAACCAGCUCCUCCGCCAUCUAUAUGAACCUCGCCUCCCACAUCCAGCCCGUGGCGGUGAACCGGGUGGCGUCCCCCCUGCCCAGCCCCAGCGCCAUGAACGAGGCUGCCAAUUCCCAGGCCGCCGCCAAGCUCGCCCUGCGCAAGCAGCUGGAAAAGACUCUCUUGGAGAUCCCUCCCCCCAAGCCCCCCGCCCCCUUGCUCCACUUCCUGCCCAGCGCGGCCAACAGCGAGUUCAUCUACAUGGUGGGACUAGAAGAAGUGGUCCAGAGCGUCAUUGACAGCCAAGGCAAAGGCUGCGCCUCCCUCCUCCGAGUGGAGCCCUUCAUCUGCGCGCAGUGCCGCACGGAUUUCACCCCACACUGGAAGCAGGAGAAGAACGGCAAAAUCCUGUGCGAGCAGUGCAUGACCUCCAACCAGAAGAAGGCGCUCAAGGCCGAGCACACCAACCGGCUGAAGAACGCCUUCGUCAAAGCCUUGCAGCAGGAACAGGAGAUCGAGCAGCGGCUGCAGCAGCAGGCCACCCUCUCGCCCACCACGGCUCCGGCCAGCGUGGCCAGCGUCAGCAAGCAGGAGAGCGUCAUGAGGCAUCACACACUCCGACAGGCCCCCCAGCCUCAAAGCUCCCUACAACGCAGUUUGCCCACGUCCGCUCGCUCCAUGCUCUCCAACUUCGCACAGGCGCCGCAGCUCCCCGUCGCCAGCGGACUCCUCGGGAUGCCAGGAGUCAACAUCGCCUACCUGAACGCCGGGAUGGGCGGCCACAAAGGGUCCAGCUUGGCGGACCGGCAGCGGGAAUAUCUACUCGAUAUGAUCCCUCCGCGCUCGAUAUCGCAAUCCAUCAGCGGGCAAAAAUAACACCAGCCCUGCACCUGCCCCCCCUCCUCCUCCCCCCCCCCAUGAUUCCCCCAUCUGAGCCCCCCGCCCCUCAUCCAUCGCAUGCAGUGCCUGUACUGGUGCCUACCACGGAGGGAUAGGAAAAAAACCCCUCCCCCAGAAAACAGUGGCGGGGGGGGGGGAAAGGAAGAA